CAGUGCAAUUCUAUCGUGGACUGGUAGUCAAAAUUGAUUGAAAUUAAGAAAACUCAUCGAAUUUGAAUUAUUAGCUCUAUUUAUCGUGUUGUCGGGUUAUUAAUAUAAAAUAAACAGCUAAGUGAAGUAUAAGUUUAGUAAUUUAAUAAGUUUACAAAUUUUUUCCUUUACUCAUGAGGUUCAUCCAGCAUUAAAAACAGGUUCACUUUAAUAUGGACAAUAUGGAUGACACGGAGAACAAUGCGAAGAUAUCAGAUUCAGCGUACUCUAACAGUUGCAGCAACAGUCAGUCUAGGCGCAGUUCGAAGUCAACUCACUCCGGCAGCCAUUCGAGUGGCAGUAGCGGUUAUGGCGGGAAACCAUCCACAUCCGGUUACAGCAACAACCUUAACCAGCAACCAGAGAAAAGGCUGAAAGAUAAAGAUUCAAAAAAGAAGAAGCAAGCGCCAGCGGAGAUUUUAAUAGAGGCGCAAAACGAAAGAGACGAUGGUCUUGCAGAAUCUGCUCCAAUUUUUGAAACGCCUAAAGAAGAGGCUGGCAAUGUUGUGGCGUUGCCGUCACUACCGCUUGCUUCACCCGAUAAGGGUUCCGAAAGCAUGGACAUUUCGACAGCGGAUACAAGUAGUAAAGGUGACGUCGAACCCUUUGAUCCUGCGACGAAAUCACCGGCCACCAAAACGUCGCACAACACAACCAACCGGCCACCGAUAUGUAUUCCUGAUGGAUUCUGUUGCAUAAUAUCUAUGCAAGAUGGUGUGGUCAUGUAUACAACUUCAACCCUCACUUCAACGCUCGGUUUUCCAAAGGGCAUGUGGGUUGGCCGAUCUUUUAUAGACUUCGUUCAUCCGAAGGACCGCAGUGCCUUCGCUUCGCAGAUAACCAACGCAUUAGCAAUACCGAAAAAUGUAAAUGGUACGCAAUCUAAAGUUCUUGGAAGAGAUAACUUGGUGUCAUCUAUGGUGUGUCGUAUCAGACGAUACAGGGAUUUAGCUUCGGGUUACGGAGUUAAAAACAACGCUGUUUCAUUCAUGCCUUUCCUCUUGAAGUUAGCAUUUAAAAACGUCAAUAACGAACAGUGUAAUGAAAUAUACCUAGUCAUACAGGCGUCACCAUUUUUCUCGGCAUUUAAAAUACCAAACGAGAUCGUAACCAAACCAGUACGAUUCAUAAUUCGUCACGCUGCCAGCGGUAUUCUUGAAUAUUUGGAUCCUGAGUCUGUUCCGUACUUAGGGUACCUACCACAAGACAUUACUAAUGAAGACGUAUUGAACCUUUAUCAUCCUCAUGAUUUGGUGUACUUGAGGCAAAUAUAUGAAACUAUUGUGAAAGAAGGCAUCUCACCGAGGUCAAAACCAUACAGGAUGAGGGCACAAAAUGGCGAUUACGUAAGACUAGAGACAGAAUGGUCUUCAUUCAUCAAUCCAUGGUCGAAGAAACUUGAGUUCGUUAUCGGAAAGCAUUAUAUAGUUGAAGGACCUUUAAAUCCUAACGUGUUUCAAUCACCCGAUCCCAACAAAAGUCAAACAUUUUCUGAAGAAGACACGUCAAAAGCUCAAUCAAUAAGAGAGAGUAUUAUUCAAAUUUUAAACGAGGUUCUCACUAAGCCUGCUGAAGUUGUAAAGGAACAGUUGAGCAAGAGAUGUCAAGACAUAACUAAGUUUAUAGAAAACCUUUUAGAAGACCAGCCAAAGAAUGAUGAUGAUAUUCGUAUGGAAACGCAAGAUCCUGAUCACAGCAACUGUGAACGUGAUUCGGUUAUGCUAGGAGGUAUAUCCCCACAUCAUGACUACAAUGAUAGCAAGUCGAGCACUGAAACUCCAGUCAGUUACAAUCAGCUUAACUACAACGACAACAUGCAGCGGUAUUUCGAAAGUCACCCCACUUGCUCAUACGAAGAGUACAACACAGUGACCGGUGAAAAUGUUUUGGCACUGCAGGAACUGAAGAUGAACAUAAAAGAGCGCAUGUCACCAUCAGCGGAUAUUGCCGAUUUCGGUGAUCACGAAGUUAAACCAACAAUUGUGGAUGGAAGUAACCGAAAUCAUUUAGAUUAUCAGCCUGUUCGACUCACUGAAUCUGUUUUAUCCAAUUAUAGGCAUAAUGCGGUAAUGGUGAAAGAACUUGCGAAGACACAUCGAGAAAAUCGCUCUAGUAGUAAAGGUGAAAAGGAAAAGAAUUCCAAUGAGAACAGGCAAAAAAAGAAGGAGCAUCUAGCUAGAUGUAAUGCUUCCUUUCAACCUACGGCCGCUGGGAUAAUGAAUUCAUCGCAACAUCAGGGAGUUAAACGAGCUUCUAAUCAAAUUGAAACAGAAUCUGUGCCGAAUAAGUUGCAAUGUACGGCUCCCAGACAAUUGCAUCGCCAGCAGCCUACAACCACCGCCUCAUCACUUACUGUAACCACACCAGCGACAACCACUGCUGCACCAACAGCUUGGCCGUCAAACACUAUGAACACUUUUAUCUUGGGCGUUGGAAUACCUCAACAAAUGUCAAUCGUCAGUCCAGUAGCUGCUAUGCCAGGUAUGAUUCCAAUGCACUAUAUGCAAGCGCAUGGACCACAAAUGCAAACCAGUACAUCCACAAACAAUGCAGUUCCUGGGACAAGUUCUGGACAACAAUACCAAGAACCAACAAUGCAAUGUUUGAUGUAUGGUCAAGCAGUGUAUGGAUCGCCUAUCAUGUACUCACCUAUCAAUACGCAAGUCACUUACCCCGUGCCAUCAAACUUUGUCACUACGCAAGGAGUCCAAUAUAAUAACUUAAAUACACUAGGCUUAGGGACCAGCAAUUACGAAGAGAGUACAAAGGCUGUGCACGACAUAACGCAACCUGCCGCAGUUCCAGGGGCGAGACCUGGCAAUAAAGAGGAAACGAUUGAAAGAACUGAUGGAGAAUCAAGCUAUUCAUCAUUUUAUUCAUCUUUCUUUAAGACUGAGUCUGGUAGCACUGAAGGAAGCGAUACUAAAAAGCUGGGUAAAGAAAAUAAAGUAAGUGUUACAGUACUUAUUUUGUCUCAAGCAUUAACAGAAAUCCACGACCACACUAUCACAUUAAAUCCUGCAAGGAACUGUUCAGGAUCAGGUACAGCGGAAACAAAUAAAGGACCCAAAAGGAAAAUGGAACCGCCAUGGAUGGAACAAGUGUGCGUAACAUCCGAGCUUAUUUAUAAAUAUCAAAUUCAAACGAAAAGCAUGGAGGAAGUGUUGUCUGGUGAUAAGCAGAGAUUAAAGCAGUUAGAACAGCCUUCAAUGGUGAACGAGCAAUUGGGUCAGCUAUACUUAGACCUCCAACUAGAAGGUGUAGCAUCCAGGUUGACACUUGAAGAGGGUGUUACUAGUUCCAGUAGUUCUGGGGAAGAUAUGCCUCUGGGUGUUCUCAAGGCACCUAGGAAGAAACGAGAGUACAGCAAAUUGAUGAUGAUAUAUGAAGAGAAUGCACCUCUCCCUCCUCCGGACUCUCCCUCAGCAGCUUCUAUGUCGUAACGUUGUGACAAUUAUGUCACCGAUUAAUUUAUUCCAGAUAAAAAUUAACUGACGCACAAAU